AUGGAAUACAACAAGCAAUUGAUAAAUAUUAAAAAUGAAGACAACAAUAACUUAUUGUCUUAAAUGGAUUAAUAACAAAUGUCCAAUAAUAGCAGUUAGAACUAACAGUACUACAAUUAAGAAUCAAGUCCGAAUUAAUAGGUGGAUUAAGCUAAUUUUUAUCAGCUGAGUCUUUAAAAUGAUAUUCCUUAAUUAAAGGAUUAGCUGAAUUAGUUAGAGUAGCAGAUGAGAGAGCAGGAAGAAAAUCACAGACAAUAAAUUAUGCAUCUUGAGACAAUAGGAAUGAUGACCAAGUAUCAGUUGGUGUUUAUAAAAUUAGAAUCUUCAUUAAAUAAACUCGCUAAUUUAGUAAAUAUGAGAUAAACUACUUUUAAGACUCUCGCAUUUAGAUAGCUUCAAAUAGCCUUAUAAAAUAAAAAAGUGAACAAUAAUCACCAAGCAAAAUUAAUAUAUUUUGUAAUGGAAAAAAGAACAACGAGACUGAACAAUAUAUUAUAAAAAGUAGUUACUCAAAAUAUGUUUAAUAGUUUUUAGAAAAUAAUGCUAGUAUCUAGGCUUAAAAAUUAUGAUAACAAAUUGAAAAUUGAGCAUGAAAAGAUUAAAAAAGAAUUUGCUAAUAUACUAUAAUAAAAAGAGGAUGAAAUUUAAAAUUUAGUUAACUAAAAAGAAGAGUAAAACUCUAAUAUAAAUCUUCUUAAGUCAAAGGAAACAGAUAACUUAAUUAUGAUUAAAUAAAAAGACUAAUUAAUUUCUUCUUUGGAAUAAGAACUUGAAGUCAAGAGACAGAAAAAGCUUAAUCCUUAGGAUUUGGCUUUAUCAACAAAGAUCUUAGAAAAGAAGCUUAAAGAUUUAGAGAUUGAAAACAAUGAAAUGAGAGAAAAAUCCUAAAAUACAGAAGGAAGUGUAAGCUUGUUUAUUAAGGAAAUGAAUGAGCUACUUGACUAGCAUGAAAUAAGUACAAAUAUUGGGUCUGAUGAUAAUUUUUCUCUCAACAAUAGUAACAGCAAUUAUUAGCACAAUUAAAUAUAAAAUGCUAUUUACAAUAGCACAAUUAAUCCAAACAACUUUAAUGAAUUUGAAGAUGCCAUUGACACAUAGCAAUUUAAUAAAAAAAAUUUAGUUUAAAAUCCAUCAUAAAAUAAAUAAAAUCCUAAUAAAGUGAAGCUUUAAUCAAAUUAAGUUCCAGCUAGAAAUUUACUUCUAUCUAGUUAAGGGACUAGAUAAGCAUAAAACAAAAAUUGA